UCAGGCGCCGGCGCAUUAGGUCUGCGGCGGUCGAUCUAAUACGACAUACGAUUAAAAUUAAAUAAUGUAUAUUAUAAUAUCUAUUUAUAAUAUAAUAAUAGUAAAAUAGCAUUUUGUGUUUUCGCUGCGAGUGUACAAGUGGUCGUUUUUACAAUCGUCCCGUGAAUGAUCAAUUUCAUAUUUUUCUAUUAACUGUUCGAACUACAGAAAAUUUUUAUUGAUAUUUUAAAAUAGUUAUUAAUUAUCUAGAGGAAAACGUUAAGAGUGCCGGACCAUCAGUUAGUGGAUUUCUACCGAGUCAAAACAGUCUGAAGAGGACUUCUCGGGUACAUAACAAUACUAUAGGUAAAAUCUUCUACCCGCCAUUCGUUCAAUAUUUUUGAGCAACAAUGCCCGUAAGACUACAAUGGAGCCGACUUUUGUGUCGCAGUCACUUGCGACAGACGUGUGUCUCAUUAACUUGUAAUAAUCUGAGUCAACCGGCUCGUCAUCGCACCGAGUCUAAAGUGGUUCAUUCUCCAUUUUCGGACGUUCAGAUACCAGAAAAUUUAAUAGAUGAGUACGUGUGGAGCCGCCUGGAGAGAUGGGCGGACAAAGAAGCACUGGUUUGCGGAAUGACUAAUAGAAAAUUUACAUACUACGAGACGAGGCUGGCGUGCAAGAGGUUUGCGGCUAGUCUAAAGAAGAGAGGUGCAACGCCAGGCCAAGUGGUCGCCGUGCUGUUGCCAAACGUUCCAGAGUUUGCCAUAACUUCGCUAGGUGCCAUUGAAGCCGAUCUGGUCGUGACAACUAUCAAUCCAAUCUACACGUCAUUUGAACUUGCUCACCAGUUUAAAGACUCCGGUGCAGCAGGGGUAGUGACGAUUCCCGAGUUGUUGCCCAAAGUUUUUGAAGCACAGCAGCUAUUGAAUGGACCCGACUUUAAACCACUGUACAUAAUAUCCGUUAAUGGCAAAGGCCCGAGACCCGAUGGUGCGUGGGACUUUGAUGAGAUGCUCGAUCCGAUGGUGGACACUUCUAUUCUGAAAAAGAACCGAUCAAACGGUGAUGUGGCGUUCAUGCCAUACUCGAGUGGGACAACCGGUCUUUCCAAAGGCGUGUCGCUGUCGCACCGGAACCUUUUGGCUAACAUCGUACAGACGAACCAUCCAGAUAUAAAACACUUUUUUGACACUACAGCAAAUUAUCAAGAUGUGUUGCCAUCUGUUUUACCUUUUUACCAUAUUUAUGGUCUGACAAUGAUUCUUCUGAGAGGGCUAAGUUAUGGUUGUAAAUUGGUGACCUUGCCCAAACUUGAAUCGCAAUCAUUUUUAAAUAUACUUAAAAACCACAAGGCGACAUUAUUAUAUGUAGUACCACCGAUAGUACUGUUAUUGGGUCAAAAUAAAAACGUAACACCUGAACACUUUCAAAAUUUGAGACUUAUUUGUAAUGGCGCCGGUCCUGUGAAAGAAGCAGAUGCCGAAAAAGUACUUGCCAGAACCAAAAACAAAAAUGUACGUUUUUGUCAAGCGUAUGGCAUGACAGAAGCAUCGCCAGCCGUGUUCGUAUCCAGGAAUUCUUCACGGUUUGAUUAUUUGACCGUUGGUCCUCCCAUAUCUAACACUAUAGCCAGAGUCGUCGACCCCACCGAUGACACUAUUGAAUAUGGUCCUGGUGAAACCGGAGAAAUUCAGGUCAAAGGGCCACAGGUGAUGAUCGGUUACCACAACAACCCUGAAGCCACUGCUAACACUAUAAAUUCAGAAGGAUGGCUCAGUACUGGUGACAUUGGUUACUAUAACGAUAAAAAAGAAUUCUUCAUAGUUGAUCGUAUUAAGGAGUUGAUCAAAGUCCAAGGAUACCAGGUUCCGCCGGCUGAACUAGAAGGACUCCUAAGGACCCACCCGGCAGUACUAGACGCGGCUGUCAUCGGCGUGCCGGACGACCGAACAGGUGAGGCGCCGUUGGCGUACGUCGUGCUUGACUCAGACAAAUCGGCAGUCAGCGAAGUAGAUAUUAAAGCGUUCAUAGCAGAACGAGUGGCACCUUACAAGCAGAUCUCAGCUGGAGUGCGGUUCGUUGAAUCUCUACCCAAAAGUGCGGCCGGAAAAAUAUUACGAAGAUUACUAAAGGAUGAGUACGAAAAAACCAAGGCCACCAAGUGAUCACUGGAAGUCACGUUAAUAUAACGAUUUCAGAAAUUAUUAAUGAUAUAAAUAAUAUAAUAUUGUUAUAGGUAUUCGUUUGCAAAGGUUAAAGAAGAUAGAAAAACAUUUAUGGUUUUACUUAAUUAUCACGUCAUAUAUUAUGGUAGAUAAAUUGUUCAAACAAAUAUAUUUUAACUACUAUAUUUCUAUAGUAUCGGUUUCUGAUUUAAGACAACAAAUGAUAUUCAUUAUUGAUUUAAUUUACUUUGUCAGUUGUUAAAACAUAAUAAUUUAUUGUUAUACUCGUAUUAUAC